AUGUUCAGUAGUGACAGAGACAACUUCUACAAGACACUGCUUCACAACUUACAGAACACACUAGCGACCCUACAGCAAGGCGUUAACGAAGAAUAUUUGGAUAAGAAGGAAAACUUAGAAGAAGAGCGUGAUUAUGAGUUGACAAGACUUAGGCUUUGGGAAGAGUACCAAGUGAAGAGAAUCGAAGAAGAAUAUAAGGAGGAUUUGACCAAAGCUCAGGAAAACCACGAUAAGAUGAUCAAAUUGAUCAAAGAAAAAUUAUACGAUAAGCUCCAGAAGCAGAUAAAACAAUUGAAAGAGGAUAAAUUAUUACUUAAUUUAGUUAAUGCGAACUCAUGGAGCUCAAAUACGGCUAACGAUUCAUCUACGGCAGCAUUGAACGCAGUGGCCGCCAAUACAUUGAACCUUGCAGAUAGACGAUCGCUUAGAAAAAGGGAAUUGAGCUCUAGGCUCACUGCUGGUGAAGCAGAUGAUUUGUCGGAUGGGGGUGCUGGUUCUACAACCACAGGAAACUUGUCGAUGGCUAAUGGAUAUAUAUCUCUGUCAGGAAAACGAAGAAGACAUUAUGCCACGAGGUACUCAUCAAACGAUGAAAUGUCAUCUGGAAUCACUAGUACAGCUGCUAGCAAUAAGAAUAAUAGCGGUAAUGGUCACAGUAACCUCCAAAACAAUGCGGCAGGCAGUGGAAAUGAAAGUAAUUUGAGUGACAAGGACUACGACGCAUUGAAUACAUUGAUCAUGGGCAACGAAGACGGCGGAGUCUCAUUGGUGCUACUUGACAAUACACAUGCAAACUCUAAUAAACCCAAUACCCGAGGACUAAACAAACAAUUCACAGGGUUACAGGGUUUAAAGCCCGAGGAAUUGAAUGAUGAUUUGACAUUAUUACGAAAUGCAAUUGUAAAAAAGGAAAAAUAA